GAAAUGGCCACAGAUGAUAAGACUUCCCCAACAUUGGACUCUGCUAAUGAUUUGCUUCGAUCUCCUACUAGUCCUUCUCAUCUCACACACUUUAAACCUUUGACUCCUGAUCAGGACGAACCUCCUUUUAAAUCAGCGUAUAGUUCUUUCGUCAAUCUCUUUCGAUUUAACAAAGAGCGCGCAGAAGGGGGCCAGGGGGAGCAGCAGUCUCUAGGUGGAAGUUGGGCCAGCCCUCAGCUCCCUUCAAGAACACAGUCUGUGAGGUCACCUACACCUUAUAAAAAACAGCUUAACGAGGAACUCCAGCGACGAUCUUCAGCAGUAUUAGACACAAGAAGGAAAGCAGAACCUACCUUUGGAGGUCAUGACCCGCGUACAGCUGUUCAGCUUCGAAGCCUCAGCACGGUAUUAAAACGCCUCAAGGAAAUCAUGGAGGGGAAAAGCCAGGAUAGCGACCUGAAGCAAUACUGGAUGCCCGAUAGCCAAUGUAAAGAAUGCUAUGACUGUAGUGAGAAAUUUACAACCUUCAGGCGCAGACACCAUUGCCGACUGUGUGGGCAGAUUUUUUGCAGUCGUUGCUGUAAUCAAGAAAUCCCUGGAAAAUUUAUGGGCUAUACAGGGGACCUCCGAGCUUGUACAUACUGUAGAAAAAUAGCCUUAAGUUAUGCUCAUUCCACAGACAGUCAUUCCAUUGGGGAAGACUUGAAUGCUCUUUCAGAUUCUGCUUCCUCUGUCUCUGUACUUGAUCCAAGUGAACCUCGAACGCCUGUCGGAAGUAGAAAAGCCAGCCGCAACAUAUUUCUAGAGGAUGAUUUUGCCUGGCAAAGUUUGAUUCAUCCAGACUCCUCAAAUACUCCUCUUUCAACAAGACUUGUAUCUGUUCAAGAGGAUGCUGGGAAAUCUCCUGCUCGAAAUAGAUCAGCUAGCAUUACUAACCUGUCACUGGAUCGAUCUGGUUCUCCCAUGGUAUCUUCAUAUGAGACAUCUGUCAGUCCCCAGGCUAACCGAACCUAUGUUAGGACAGAGACUACUGAGGAUGAACGCAAAAUUCUUCUGGACAGUGUUCAGUUAAAGGACCUGUGGAAGAAAAUCUGCCAUCACAGUAGUGGAAUGGAGUUUCAGGAUCACCGUUACUGGCUAAGAACACAUCCUAACUGCAUUGUGGGAAAAGAAUUAGUCAACUGGUUAAUCCGAAAUGGACACAUUGCUACAAGGGCACAAGCUAUAGCCAUCGGACAAGCAAUGGUCGAUGGACGUUGGCUGGAUUGUGUCAGUCAUCACGACCAGCUUUUCAGGGACGAAUAUGCACUGUACAGACCACUGCAGAGUACAGAAUUUUCCGAGACCCCUUCUCCAGACAGUGACUCAGUGAACUCUGUGGAAGGACACUCUGAGCCAUCCUGGUUUAAAGACAUAAAGUUCGAUGACAGUGACACGGAACAGAUAGCUGAAGAAGGUGACGAUAAUUUGACUAAUUCUGCCAGUCCUAGCAAGCGCACAUCAGUCAGCAGCUUCCAGUCCACAGUGGACAGUGACUCAGCCGCUUCCAUCAGCCUGAACGUGGAGCUGGACAACGUGAACUUCCAUAUCAAGAAGCCCUCCAAGUACCCACAUGUGCCCCCUCACCCUGCUGACCAAAAAGAGUAUUUGAUUUCUGACAAUGGAGGACAACAACUCUCAAUAAGUGAUGCCUUCAUCAAAGAAUCCUUAUUUAAUCGUCGAGUUGAGGAGAAAUCCAAAGAGCUGCCUUUCACACCUUUGGGCUGGCAUCAUAACAACCUGGAGCUGCUGAGGGAGGAGAAUGGAGAGAAACAAGCCAUGGAGAGGUUGCUUUCAGCUAAUCAUAACCACAUGAUGGCACUACUCCAACAGUUGCUCCAUAAUGAGUCAUUGUCACCAUCUUGGAGGGACAUCAUCGUAUCACUGGUCUGCCAGGUUGUUCAGACAGUCCGACCGGAUGUCAAGAAUCGGGACGAUGACAUGGAUAUCCGUCAGUUUGUCCAUAUUAAAAAAAUUCCAGGUGGAAAGAAGUUCGAUUCUGUGGUUGUCAAUGGAUUUGUUUGUACCAAAAAUAUUGCACAUAAAAAGAUGAAUUCUUGUAUUAAAAAUCCCAAAAUUCUUCUGUUGAAGUGUUCCAUUGAGUAUCUCUACAGAGAAGAAACUAAAUUUACUUGCAUUGAUCCUAUUGUGCUUCAGGAAAGGGAAUUCUUGAAGAAUUAUGUUCAGCGAAUAGUUGACGUUCGACCCACAUUGGUUCUAGUUGAAAAAACAGUAUCUCGGAUUGCCCAAGACAUGUUACUAGAACAUGGCAUUACUUUGGUCAUUAAUGUAAAAUCACAAGUUUUAGAACGCAUCAGUCGGAUGACCCAAGGUGAUUUAGUAAUGUCGAUGGACCAGCUGCUUACAAAACCCCACCUGGGCACCUGUCACAAAUUUUACAUGCAGAUGUUUCAGUUACCUAGUGAGCAAACCAAAACAUUGAUGUUUUUUGAAGGCUGUCCACAGCACCUGGGUUGCACAAUCAAGCUUAGAGGAGGCUCUGAUUAUGAGCUGGCUCGAGUUAAGGAAAUCCUAAUCUUUAUGAUCUGUGUAGCUUAUCAUUCUCAACUAGAAAUCUCCUUCCUCAUGGAUGAAUUUGCUAUGCCUCCUACGUUAACCCAGAAUCCUUCCUUCCAUUCUCUCAUUGAGGGACGGGAGGAUGAAGGGACUGCCCAGGAGCCAUUCAGCGGAAGUGCCCUCCCCCGGGAGCCUGACUUCCCUCCAGAGCUUCUGCCCUCCGAUGAUGGCAGUUUGCUAGAAUCAAGGAUUGUGUUUGAGAAGGGUGACCAGGAAAAUAAAAGCUCUACACAGGAUGUUGCCUCUUUGAAGCAUCAAGAGUAUGCCACGACAGCUUGCACGGCAGCUAUCCCCUGUGCUCUCUUUCCAUCGGUCCCAGAGUCAUUGUUGCCGCUGCACGUGGACGACCCACAGGCUGCCAUGGGCAUUGAGCAGCCAGAGCCCAUGCAGCACACGGAUGAGCUACAGGAUCCCAAAAGCCAGAUGAGAGCCUUUAGAGACCCUUUACAAGACGACACUGGAUUGUAUGUUACUGAGGAGGUUACCUCUUCAGAAGAUAAACGGAAGACUUAUUCUUUGGCCUUUAAGCAGGAAUUGAAAGACGUGAUCCUCUGUAUCUCCCCAGUAAUCACAUUCCGGGAGCCCUUCCUUCUGACUGAAAAGGGGAUGAGAUGCCCUACACGAGAUUAUUUCGCAGAGCAGGUUUAUUGGUCUCCUCUCCUCAAUAAAGAGUUCAAAGAAAUGGAGAGCAGACGGAAGAAGCAGCUGCUUAGGGAUCUCUCCGGCCUUCAGGGCAUGAAUGGAAGCAUUCAGGCCAAGUCUAUUCAAGUCUUGCCCUCGCAUGAGCUAGUGAGCACUAGAAUUGCUGAGCAUCUUGGGGAUAGCCAGAGCUUGGGUAGAAUGCUGGCUGAUUAUCGGGCCAGAGGAGGAAGAAUUCAGCAGAAAAAUGCAGACCCUUUUGCUUAUUCAAAGGAAGCACCUGGUAUGGCAAGCGGCAGAUCAGGAAGCAAAAUUGAAGGUGAUGAAGAGAAAGGGUUGAUUCCGAAUGACACGCUGUGGUCAACAAAGGUGGACUGUCUGAACCCUGUGAACCACCAGAGACUGUGCGUGCUCUUCAGCAGCUCUUCGGCCCAGUCCAGCAACGCCCCCAGUGCCUGCGUCAGCCCUUGGAUUGUAACAAUGGAAUUUUAUGGAAAGAAUGAUCUUACCUUAGGGAUAUUUUUAGAGAGAUACUGUUUCAGGCCUUCUUACCAGUGCCCUAGCAUGUUCUGUGAUACCCCCAUGGUGCAUCAUAUUCGGCGGUUUGUCCAUGGCCAAGGCUGUGUGCAGAUAAUCCUGAAGGAGUUGGAUUCUCCAGUGCCUGGAUAUCAACAUACAAUUCUUACCUAUUCCUGGUGCAGAAUCUGCAAACAGGUAACACCAGUUGUUGCUCUUUCCAAUGAGUCCUGGUCCAUGUCAUUUGCAAAGUACCUUGAACUUAGGUUUUAUGGGCACCAGUACACUCGCAGAGCCAAUGCUGAGCCGUGUGGUCACUCCAUCCACCAUGAUUAUCACCAGUAUUUCUCCUAUAAUCAGAUGGUGGCAUCUUUCAGUUAUGCUCCCAUUCGGCUUCUUGAAGUAUGUGUUCCAUUCCCCAAAAUAUUCAUUAAACGUCAGGCCCCAUUAAAAGUGUCCCUUCUUCAGGAUCUAAAGGACUUCUUUCAAAAAGUUUCACAGGUAUAUCUUGCUGUUGAUGAAAGACUUGCGUCUUUGAAAACGGAUACAUUUAGCAAAACAAGAGAGGAAAAAAUGGAAGAUAUCUUUGCACAAAAAGAGAUGGAAGAAGGCGAAUUCAAGAACUGGAUCGAGAAGAUGCAAGCAAGGCUCAUGUGUUCCUCAGUAGACACCCCUCAGCAACUGCAGUCCAUCUUCGAGUCCCUCAUUGCUAAGAAGCAAAGUCUGUGCGAAGUGCUACAAGCUUGGAAUACCAGAUUGCAGGACCUUUUCCAGCAGGAAAAGGGUAGAAAGCGACCUUCAGUUCCUCCAAGUCCUGGAAGACUGAGACAGGGGGAAGAAAGCAAGAUAAGUUCGAUGGAUGCAGCACCAAGAAAUAUUUCUCCAGGGCUCCAAAAUGGAGAAAAAGAGGAUCGCUUCCUAACAACCCUGUCCAGUCAGAGCUCCACCAGUUCUACCCAUCUCCAGUUGCCUACUCCACCAGAGGUCAUGCCUGAACAGCUGGGGGGAGGGCCCCCUGAACUCGACACGACCAGCAGCUCUGAAGAUGUGUUUGAUGGGCAUUUGCUGGGAUCCACAGACAGCCAAGUGAAAGAAAAAUCAACCAUGAAAGCCAUCUUUGCAAAUUUGCUUCCAGGAAAUAGCUAUAACCCUAUUCCAUUUCCUUUUGAUCCAGAUAAACACUACUUAAUGUAUGAACAUGAACGGGUGCCCAUUGCGGUUUGUGAGAAGGAACCCAGCUCUAUCAUUGCUUUUGCUCUCAGUUGUAAAGAAUACCGAAAUGCCUUAGAGGAAUUGUCCAAAGUGACUCAGCGGAGCAGUGCCGAAGAAGGGCUUCCGACAAAUAGUACUUUAGACAGCAGACCAAAGAGUAGCAGCCCUAUUAGAUUACCUGAGGUCAGUGGAGGACAGACAAACCGUACAGCAGAAGCAGACCUGCAGCAGCCAACCAAAAAGGCUUCUGGAAUGCUGUCCUUCUUCCGAGGGACAGCAGGGAAAAGCCCUGAUCUCUCUUCCCAGAAGAGAGAGACCUUACGUGGAGCAGAUAGUGCUUACUACCAGGUUGGGCAGACGGGCAAGGAGGGAACGGAGAGUCAAGGCAUUGAGCCUCAAGAUGAGGUGGAUGGAGGAGAUACACAAAAGAAACAACUCAUAAAUCCGCAUGUGGAGCUUCAAUUUUCUGACGCAAAUGCUAAGUUUUACUGUCGCCUGUACUAUGCGGGAGAGUUUCAUAAGAUGCGUGAAGUGAUUCUGGGCAGCAGUGAAGAAGAUUUCAUUCGCUCUCUUUCCCACUCCUCGCCCUGGCAGGCCCGUGGGGGCAAAUCAGGAGCUGCCUUCUAUGCAACUGAGGAUGAUAGAUUCAUUUUGAAGCAGAUGCCUCGUCUGGAAGUCCAGUCUUUCCUCGACUUUGCACCGCACUACUUCAAUUAUAUUACAAAUGCUGUUCAACAAAAGAGGCCCACUGCAUUGGCCAAAAUUCUUGGAGUUUAUAGAAUUGGUUAUAAGAAUUCUCAGAACAACACUGAGAAGAAGUUAGAUCUCCUUGUCAUGGAAAAUCUUUUCUAUGGGAGAAAGAUGGCACAGGUUUUUGAUUUGAAGGGUUCACUUCGGAAUAGAAAUGUAAAAACCGAUACCGGAAAAGAGAGUUGUGAUGUGGUCUUGCUGGAUGAAAAUCUCUUAAAGAUGGUUCGAGACAACCCUUUGUAUAUCCGUUCUCAUUCCAAAGCCGUGCUGAGAGCCUCGAUCCGUAGUGACUCCCAUUUUCUUUCUAGCCACCUCAUUAUAGAUUAUUCUUUGCUGGUUGGGCGAGAUGAUACUAGCAAUGAGCUAGUAGUUGGAAUUAUAGAUUAUAUUCGAACAUUUACAUGGGACAAAAAGCUUGAGAUGGUUGUGAAAUCAACAGGAAUUUUAGGAGGACAAGGUAAAAUGCCAACUGUGGUCUCUCCAGAGUUGUACAGGACUAGAUUUUGUGAAGCAAUGGACAAGUAUUUCCUGAUGGUACCAGACCACUGGACAGGUUUAGGUCUGAACUGCUGAAAGGGAGCACAUGGUUUUGAAAUGGACCAUGAAUGAAAGGGGCCUGGACCAAAGGACCAAAAAUAAGCUACCUGUUUUAUUUCUUCAUCAUGUUCACCACUGUAUGCCAAGGCCUUCCCAUCCUCCAGUCGUGUGGACUGUCUGUAAUUGAAGGGUCAAAACGCCGUGGAUUUGCACUUUGGUGUUUGAUACCUACAAGUUAGCUAUCUUAUGCUGGGAAGUUGCGUGAACAUUCUUCCACUUAAGCUAAACUAUAGAUACAUUUCAAAGGGCUAAAGACGAAUGUAUGGUCAGAGAUGAGGAGAUAGGGUGAAAAAAUGGGGUGUCAGAUUUGUUAACAGUCCUGUUAAGAAAAUAAUGCUUCCUAGAUCGUGGCUUUCCCAGCAUCCCAUUUGACACAUUCUUUACUUAGCAUUUGUAGAGCUGGUGAAUUUGUUUUGUGUUUCUUAUGUAACAAUGUAAUGUCGCCUAUUAUCAGAAUUUGUGAAACCUUUAAAAAUUCUGAAUUAUUCUCUUAAUGGCCAGUGAAACAGAUGGACCCAGUCUGUUCUUGUUUUAUUGAGGAAUUUGACUUAAAUAGGGAAUCCUGUCGUGUUCUUACUUUGCCUUGUUUUUGAGGGUGCUUGAUGUUUUUUAAGUUCUGUCUUCUCUGUGGGUGACAGGAGACUCUAGCCAUUAAUGUAAGCCUUUUGGAACUGUUUUUUAAGCUUAUUUAUAACUUUUGUGCAAUUAAUAGGUUAAAUUGCACUUAUCCACACAUGCUCAUACUCUAGGUUUUCUUCUGCUUUCAGGGAAACAGUAAAUGAGUCUAUCAUGACUAACUUCCCAAAGGGAGAAUUACUGAGGAUUUUUUUUUUAACGGAAAAAAUAAAUUAGACCUUAUCCAAGAAGUUGGGUAAGAGGUAAACACUUGCUUGUUUUUCUGUAAAGGUAAAGUGUCUUUUUCAAUAUAAAUAGCAAUUUAAGUGACAUCUGUAAAACUAAGAGGUUUCUAGUGUGGACAUCCGUUUCUUAACUUUCUGUACCAGUUUCUAAGCCAGUUCUGAUUAGUGAGAAAUGUUAAG